AUGACGCCCGAUAAGGAGGCUGGUCCCAAACCAGGGUCCAUCAAGCACGCUGAACAUGAAGUCGGCGACUCCCAAGCCGAGUUAAUCGAGUCCGCCGUAGCCGCCAGUGAUGAGGAAGCCAAAAUUCCUCGCAAAGAACUCUUUUCCAGGUACUGGCCCGCUGUCAUCUACAGUGGUCUUCUUAGUAUGGCCUUGAUCAUGGAAGGUAUGGAUGUCGGCCUGAUCAAUAACUUCUUCGCACACGAUGCAUACCUCGCCCAUUUCGGCUGGCCCGAUGCCAACGGCAAGCAGCAUGUUUCUGCAUCAUGGCAGUCAGCCAUCACCAAUGGCAAUAAUAUUGGCAGCAUAAUCGGGCUCAUGGUGAAUGGCUAUUUGCAGUCCCGUUUCGGGUCCCGCAAGGUUUACAUGGCCACCAUGGUGCUGAUGGCUGGUACAAUCUUUACCCUCUUCUUCGCCGUCAACGUCCAGAUGCUGUUCGCAGCCAACAUCCUAUGCGGUAUCCCAUGGGGUGUUUUUCAGACUCUAACGACAGCCUACGCUGCCGAGAUCUGUCCUGCAGCUCUGCGCGGCUACCUUACCGCGUGGGUGUCUAUGUGCUGGGGUGCCGGUUCAUUUCUGGCUGCCGGUGUUCUGCGUGGCUCUCUCAAUAUUCCAGGAGACCUCGGGUGGAGAUUACCCUACGCUCUGCAAUGGGUCUGGAUCGUUCCGCUGUUCAUUGUUGGCGUCUUUGCCCCCGAGAGUCCUUGGUACCUAGUCCGCCGCAACCGUAUCGACGAAGCCGAGAAGGCGCUCCGCCGCCUCGCGCGCAAGGACUUUUACACCGAGCAUACCAUGGCCCAGUCGAUAGCACUCAUGAAGCACACCAACGAGAUGGAAAAAAUUGAAGCAGCCAACUCCAGCUACCGGGACUGUUUCCGUGGCACGAAUCUGCGUCGUACUUUCAUUGUCUGCAUGGCCUGGAUUAUCCAAAUCCUCAACGGCCAGUCGGUAACCGCCUACGCUGCCGUUUUUCUGAAAUCGGCAGGCAUGCCAACAACCCAGGCCUUCAACUACAGUAUGGGCAUUCAGUCUGUGAAUAUCGCGGCAACGAGUGUCGCUAUCAUACUCAUGGGCAAGAUUGGCCGUCGCAUUUUCUUCUUCUGGGGAUCUACGAGUAUCGGACUGGCCAUGCUCAUUAUCGGCAUCUUGGGAUUUAUUCCAGGAGCCGCAAACGUGGCCCUUGCGGUAGCAGUUGUCAUGAUCAUUGUUCAGACAAUCUUCAAAGUCUCACUGGGCCCUACGACGUAUGUGAUCGUUGCCGAGACUUCAUCGAAUCGAGUCCGCGCUCAGACGAUUGUCAUUGGCCGUGCUGUCUAUGUCACUGGCCAGAUUAUCAUUGGGCAAUUGAAUCCGCGUAUGCUGAACUCGAGUAGCGAUGCCUGGGGGUGGGGCGCCAAAUGCGGUUUGUUCUACUUUGGGCUGUGCGUCAUUUGGGCCGUGUGGAUCUUCUUCUUUCUGCCUGAGACGAAGAACCGUAGCUUUGCAGAGCUAGACAUACUUUUCCAGAAGAGGACCCCAGCUCGCAAGUUUGCUACAACUCAUGUUGACUUGUUUGAAAUUACGGGACCCCAAGAUCAAAAAGGUCAGGAAUGA